AUGGCAGACAAGGAAAAGAGGUUAGGAAAAAGAGGAGGAAUCAGAUUAUCUGGCCGUCAGUCAGGUCGUUGCUCUGGAAGAGUUGAAAUGUACCAUCAAAAAAGAUGGGGAACAGUCUGUGAUGAUAGCUGGGACUUGAAUGAUGCUGAGAUUGUCUGUAGGCACUUAGACUGUGGCACGGCACUGGCAGCUCCUAAAGAGGCUCAUUUUGGUGAAGGAAGUGGACCAAUCUGGCUUGAUGGUGUGGCCUGUUCAGGAAGUGAAAGGUCUAUAAUCCAGUGUCAGCACAGAGGGUCUGAGAAAAAUGGCUGCACACACCAUAAAGAUGCUGGUGUCAUCUGUUCAGGUACAUCUCUCAUCAUCAACACACGCAUCAGAUUAACUGGGUCCACUCGUUGCUCUGGAAGAGUUGAAAUCUUUUACAACAACACUUGGGGAACAGUCUGUGAUGAUGGCUGGGACUUAAAUGAUGCUGAGGUGGUUUGUAGAGAGUUAAACUGUGGAACAGCUCUGAAUGCCACUAAGUCCGCUCACUUUGGUGAAGGAAGAGAAUCGAUCUGGCUUGAUAAUGUGGACUGUUCAGGAAGUGAGAGAUCUCUCACUCGGUGUCAGCACAGAGGAUUUGGGAAACAUGACUGUACACACAGUAAGGAUGCUGGUGUUGUCUGCUCAGGUGUGCCAGUCAGAUUAUCUGGAAGCACUUUGUGCUCUGGAAGAGUCGAAAUCUUUUACAACAACACUUGGGGAACAGUCUGUCAUGAUAACUGGGACAUGAAUGAUGCUGAGGUGGUUUGCAGAGAGCUGGGCUGUGGAACGGCACAGAGUGCUGCUGUAUCAGCCCGCUUUGGUGAGGGAAGUGGAUCCAUCUGGCUUGAUGAUGUGUCCUGUUCAGGAAGUGAGAGAUCUCUGACUGAGUGUCAGCACAGAGGAUUUGGGACACAUGACUGUACACACAGUAAGGAUGCUGGUGUUGUCUGCUCAGUGAUCCUCCCAAAGCCCAGAAUCUUCAUGAUUCCUGCUGGUAAAGUUGAGCGGCGAAGUGACGUCAGCAUCACUUGUUCAAUAUCACCUCAAAGCCAACAGCUUCUACAAGGAGAAUUUACUCUGAAGCAGAUUUCAGGCUCAUUCAGUCAGACAAAACCAUCAACUACCAACUCUGCUACAUUCAAGAUCCUCCAAGUAGAUUUUGACAAGGAUGGAUUGUACCAGUGUGAAUAUUCACACGACUCCAGCAUCUCCACAAGUGACUCUGUCACCGUCUCUGUAACUGUGUCGAUGCAGCAUCCCAGGAUCUCUGUGACAUCUCCAAAUGGAGGACUGGCUGAGGUUCCUGAAGGUAGAGAAAUCAUGAAGGGCUACAGCUUCAUCUUCACCUGCUCAAAAAAUGAUCGCUAUUCAGGAGGAGUUUUCAAUCUCAUCUACUCUGGCUCCAACAUCAAACACAUCAAACACAAUAAGACAUCUGUCAACAACUCAGCCUCCUUUAGUUUCCCUGUAGCUGACUUUGAACACGAGGGCAGCUACAGCUGUGUGUAUGAGAUAACUCUGACAGCAGGAACAUUCACUUCUCCUGAGACGGAGUGGAUUUAUGUCUCCGUUAUAUAUUCAAGAACUCCAAUCCUGAGAUAUGUUCUCCUGCCUCUGGUUCUGCUUUUGGAGAACAUCGCCCUUCAUUUCUACUAUAAGGUCAUCAAAAAGCAGAAAUCAGACAAAAAGAAGAACGAUGAGACGGAUGUUUCCAGAUCUGAAGAAGUGGAGGCCGAGGAGGAAGCAGUCCAAGAAAUAGAAUAGAAUUGAAACACAUAGAAACACACACAAGUUUAAAAUCCACUAUCUGAUUUUAUCUAUAUCUAUCUCUUUCUAGAUAUGCAUAUAGAUAUCUAUUAGUCCACAUAUACUCCAGUCCUCUCUCUUUUUUUCAUCUUUCUCUGAUUCUAAAAGUGAAGUUUUUACAGAUUAAGUAUUUUUUUUCCCUCAAUAACCUCUAUCUUUUGCUAGCUGACAGAAUAUGUGUCAGUUUGUGAUGUCUUUGUACUCUUGAGUGUUUGAAAUUAUUUGCCAUUUAAAAAAACAAGUUCCCUUAUUUAUAGCCUCCUAUCCUGUGGCACUACCAGCAGGAAUGUAUGACAGUGAUGAGAAGGAGAAGUAUGCAGCCGGAGCCAGGGGGGGGUUAAACGAAUGAUAUCAUCCAACAGUUUUUAGCUUGUAUAUCUCAGUGUGGUUUGCAGUUUGCAGGGAAGACAUGACAGGAGUCAGAAACUACAGCUGAUGAACAGUGUCUGAAAGUCAUGUCAUUAAGAAAUAGCGAAUAUAAGGAAAACAGGGGCGACUCAAGACUCACAUCCAUGCAGCUUAUAACUUAAAAUAUAAUGUUUAUGACGUUUGACUUUGAUUUGAUGAUUUCUUGAACUAAGUUAAACUGUCAGCCUUUUAUUGCAACAGAAAAGUGGAGUCCACAAGUUUAGAAAGACCAAAAAUAUCUCUAACAUUAAUGUCAGCUCAGAGGAAGCUGAAAAACUCCUUCACAUGUUUGAUGUGAAAAUUUCAAACCACCUCUCACCAUCAGUAACAUGUCCCAAACAAAAACCCUCACUGACCCACAUUUACUUUGUUGGGAUCUGGUCACAUUAGGCUGGAUUAUGUCAGUAGAACCGACUAGACCCCCGCAGAUUUAAUCAGGCCUGUCUUUGACUCCGUCCUUGUGGCUAACAAGUUUUUGUGGGACAUAUGUAGUGUCUUCAUUCACCCAUCUGUGAAGUUACAAAGUCAAGGUACAUACUAAUUUCUGAGAGCAUGUCAGACACCACUGAUCCAACAUGUGGCUGUAAUGUGCUGAGUAAUACUGACACAGCUCAGCUAGGAUCAUUGAAAUUUUUCACACCAUGUUUCCAGCGAACAACAUCUUUUGCUGUGCUUGCUGUA